AUAAGGGUCCAGGUAUACCAAAUAUGUUAUGCAGCUGAGUUUCAUUUCAUCAUUGUCAGAGGACACGUGUACCUGAGACGUAGCAAUGGUCCUUUUUGCCAUUUUUGUUUUGCUUGGUGUAUCCGUCGCCUCUACCCAUGGCUAUGAGUGCGAUAAGACAUCCGCUGUGUGUGAAACAACCUUGGUCAUCGAAAAGAAACUGACGAUGAUGCACGAUGUGGAACUGCAGGUUUACCCUUAUGAUGGCAAAAUCUACAAAUAUGAUGUUGUUGAUCCACAAAAGGCUACACCCAUCCCUACAGAUGAAGUAAUUACAGCUGACGGCUGGGAAGAAAAUAGGCUUGUCGUCGUGGCCAAUGAAACUCUUUCCGGCCCCCCGAUCAUCGUGUACCAGGGACAACGUCUUAUCGUCCAUGUCAUCAAUAAGCUUUAUUCAGAUACCCUGACAAUCCACUGGCAUGGUCUUCACCAGAAAGGAACGCCGUGGAUGGAUGGCGUCCCCUUUGUUACACAAUGUCCCAUCCUCUCGGGUCAGAAGUUCACGUAUGACUUCACACCUGACCAAACAGGAACAUAUUGGUACCAUUCUCAUGUAGGCAACCAGCGGACCAAGGGAAUCAAUGGGGCUUUUGUGAUACGUGAGAGGAACCAAUCCAUGAAGGAACACAUAAUGACUGUUCAAGACUGGAACCAUUUCUGGGGUGCAGAUAUGGAUCACCUAAAGCUUAAGUACGGCGAUUUCUGGAACCGAAUACCGGAGGAAACAAGAACAUCUGUGGAUGGUGGUUUCUUCGACCCAUUUUAUGCUACAUCUGUUCUUAUUAACGGUAGAGGACGAUACUACAAAAACACAACGACAGGAGAAAACAAUGGCGCUCCAUUGUCAGUGUUUCCAGUUGAUCAAGGAGACGUGUAUAGGUUCAGGGUUAUAAAUGUUGGUGCCAUAUAUCCCAUUAGGGUAUCGGUAGACGAGCACUCUUUAACAUUAGUUGCAUCAGAUGGUUACGAUGUCAAACCUGUCAACGCAGAAUCAUUCAUAAUUAAUCCCGGAGAAAGAUACGACUUUAUUCUAACGGCCAAUCAGAGUGUCGGAAACUAUUGGAUACGAGCGGAAACACUUGAAACUAAGUUACAUAGAGUAGAAGCUAUCCUACGUUAUCACGGAGCACCGGAAGUAGAACCUACCACUUCAAGGAGACCUUGUAUAGCGACAGAUAGAUGCCUGGUUGUAAAUUGUCCCUUUACAUAUUAUCCAUUAGGUGACUUUACCGACUGUUUACGAUUUGAUCAUCUCAGAUCGGCAGUGGACAAUGACCCUGCGCCUGAACCAGCAUCUGCUGAUACAUUUAAGGAACAUUUUCUGAAUUUCGCUCUACCGACAGAGGUUUCAUCAAUCAAUGGGAUUGAGUUUGAGGAUCCGACUGUGUCUGUUUUAACACAACCAUUCGAGAUCGAGACAUCUUGUGAUAAAGUGGAUUGUGGCGAGGACAAAACUUGCAAGUGUACACAUUCACUCGCAACUAACCACAACGACGUCGUACAACUGGUGUUGAUGAAUAUGGGGAUAGGUACAGGUGACGCUCACCCUGUGCAUCUCCAUGGCUACUCCUUCUACGUACUGAAAAUGGGCUAUGCUACUUACAACAUGACGACCGCAAAAUACAUAUCCCCGAACACAGAUAUAAACUGUAGAGGCGGUGGAGACGAUACCAGCUAUUGUAAUAACGCUACGUGGAGAAAUCCAAACUGGCUCAGAAAUAAUGUGCCUGGUCUAGAACUGAAAAAUCCCACUCGGAAGGAUACACUGAUCAUUCCAAGUGGUGGUUAUGCUGUGAUAAGGAUCAAGGCCGACAACCCCGGGGUUUGGAUCAUGCACUGUCACAUUCAGUAUCAUGCAACACUGGGUAUGAGAAUGCUAUUAAAUAGUUCGCACUCCUUGCAUCCGGCAGCCCCAUUAGGCUUUCCAGUUUGCCACGAUUUCCCGCCAUCUCCCUACCGGGAACAACUCUAUGCUAGCCAGCUACCUACUACAGUUGAUGCUCACGGAACAAAAGCUCCCCAGCAAACCGUAACUCAUUCGUAUGGAAUGAAAACAACCACUGAGAGUUUUGGAGGACAAGCUCCUGUUGUCGGUCGCAAACGCCGGAAUUCUAGGGACACAUACGUACCUGAAUAAGGAGAUUCUAUGACAGAUACAUUAUCUAUGAAACAGUAAUUUUGCAUUGGAAUAUAGGGGAGAUUAAUAAAUCAUUACUGAAAUAAGCAUUAUUUUUCUUGUGUUGGUGAAUGGAAAUUUAUCAUAUUAAAGUCUAAUUUGAUUGAA